AUCAUUUGUUGGCAGUACGUAUUGGCUGAAGUCAGUUUUCAUUUCAAGGUAAAUUGAAAAGGGAAAUUAAACCUUAUUGUUCCGCUCUUAAGAGAGGAGAAGGGGGCGCAGGUGGCAGCCAGGGGUGGAUGCUGUUGGAGUGGUUCUAGGAGUAAUAAGAUUAGUGCUGUAUUUUAACAGAAGGUGACACCAUGGGCCCCUUUGGACUUGAGUAACCCUGUGCUGCAACCUUCAUGGUCCCCUUGUCGGAGUGGGCGACGUCGCUGCACAUGCAAACUGCCACAGUGGGGGAAUCGGCAGCUUAGGCUUUAAUGAAUCUUUACAAAGGAGUGAAAACGUCCUGCGUCGCCCUGUGCAGCUGUGGGGUGUUUGGGCAGAGGUACGCGUCCAGCAAGGAGAUAAUUAGAACCAUUGGCUUGGGUUCUGGAGAACAGAUUAGAUAAGGGAAGAUCAGCACUGGGCAACCCAUUCCGGUGCCCCCCUUGCUCUCCAGCGCUGCCUCGUCUCCGGGGAGGUGACUGUGGUUUAGCACUGCUGUGUGGUGGGGUUUGGCUGUCUCUGAGCAGCCAGGAGGGGGCGAUGUUAGGCUCGCUCGCACAGCUGUGCCGUGUGCCCCCACAAGACACCGCCUUUUGCCUGCAGUCUUCAGGCAGAAAGGGUCUGCCAUGGAAUCGUGUUGCUUGAGGCGAACACUGCACAGGCCCAAACAUGCUUUGGCUAGAGGUGGCCUACGUAAGGGUUUGGCCAUGGUUUCAAAAGGGAGGCAAAUCCCCCAGGGCUUGUCGCGGUCAUAGAGGUAAUGUGGUGAAUUUUUUUUUUUUUGCUUCCUCUUAAGUUUUACAUUAGAAUGAGAAAAGGUGCCUGGUUUUCCCCAGGAGGGUCGAUUAAAGUUUUUCAGGUUUUUCCCUGGUAGAGAGUGAUAAGAAUAGAAGCACACUAACCAUGAUUGUCCCCUUGUCAUUUGCAUCUCCUCAGAUGUUUUCUUGCAAUGGGCUUUUGAUGUAGGAUGCUGGAGAACCAAGAGCAGGAGGAGGUGAUCACUGUGCGUGUCCAGGACCCCCGUGUGCAGAAUGAGGGCUCCUGGAACUCCUACGUAGAUUAUAAGAUCUUCCUCCACACCAACAGCAAGGCCUUCACUGCCAAGACAUCCUGUGUGCGUCGCCGCUACCGUGAGUUCGUGUGGCUGCGGAAGCAGCUACAGAGAAACGCUGGUUUAGUGCCUGUACCGGAACUUCCUGGGAAGUCAACCUUCUUUGGCAGCUCAGAUGAGUUCAUUGAGAAGCGACGACAAGGUCUGCAGCACUUCCUCGAAAAGGUCCUGCAGAGUGUUGUCCUCCUGUCAGACAGCCAGUUACACCUCUUCCUGCAAAGCCAGCUCUCGGUGCCCGAGAUAGAAGCCUGUGUCCGGGGCCAGAGCCGCACGACCGUGUCUGACGCCAUUCUUCGCUACGCUAUGUCAAACUGCGGCUGGGCCCAGGAAGAGAGGCAGGGCGCUUCUCACUUGGCUAAGGGAGACCAGCCUAAGAGUUGCUGCUUUUUCCCAAGAUCGGGCAGGAGUAGUUCUCCCUCCACGCCUCCUGAGGAAGAAAAGGACCGUUUUGAGGUGUGGGCUCCUGUUGUUGACUCUGAGGCUCCUUCCUGGGAAAGCCCCCCUCUCCUUCCCGCUACCUCGCCAUCAUGCUGUGAUUCUGCAAGACCUGAUGAAGGACGCUGUGCUCCGCAGCCUGUGAGGAGGUCUUUGGGGGGGGACCAUGCUCUACCUUUGGAUCCUAGUCAGUUAGAAACAGUUUUAGAAAAGUGAGUUCCGGUCUGAGCCCUGGGUUCUGCCCUGAAGUGGACAGAGAAGAUGCAGGCAAAGGGAUGCAGGCACUUGGCUGGGAUUGGAUGGACCUAGGGCAGUUGGGGAGGUUGGGCUGCUUAGUGUUUUACAGUUGCCUCUGCUCAGGUUGGUUGCAUAGAGGUUGGCCACGACAACUCCUUCAACUUCCUCCACAGGAAUAAACAGUAUGCAGAUGUUUAUAAAUUAAGCAUAAGAUCCAGGGGCUGUUGGUUUUGAAUAGAGUCCCAUGUUUCCUCCCUUGGGAGCUGAGUUUCGGUAGAUGUUUGUUAAUGGGCCCCUGAGCACUGCCUCAGGUUACCGGUUUGGGGGACCUGUAAGUGGCCGAGUUUAAGCUGCCAUACUGAAUAUUGUCCCGGCGGAAAUGCUUGUGUAGAUGUAUUCCCACUGGCUCUGUUUGGCUGCAGCACUUUGAUUCUGGGAGGCUGGCCGCUUGCCUACCUCCUUGCAUGGACAGGGUGGUGGGUAUUUAUUCUCCCACCUCCUUGCUUUUCCUCCACUAACACCACUGAACGGAAUGGUGCUGUGACCCCUGUCGCUAGGGUUUCCUGUAUAUUCCAAGACCUCACUCAGCCUGGCUGUGUGGGGCCUGAGUCCCACAAAAUAGGUCACGGCCACCACAGAAGAGAAGUGGCUGUUCGCAGCUGAGGAAGGGCAAACAGCUCAGGGAGCUUUGUUUGGGAAAAGGCUGUCCCGGGCUGCCACUGUCUCUUCUGGUUAUAAAGCAGAGAUGUGAGCAUCUUUUCUGCAGGAUAGAAUGAGCUCCUUUCUUUUUUUGAAACCCCUUUUCCCCCUUAGUAACAGCUCCCGCCUCCCGGGGCUUCCGCCACUACAGGGUCCCUCUGCUGUGUCGCAGGGCGGCCAUAGGUGCAGUCCAGGGGGGGCCAGGGCUUUGUUUCUUUCCGGAGAGAGGGCUCUAGGGACGGAGAUGAGGAACAGCGCGCCUCCCUUCAGACAAUGAGGCAUUCCGCCCUCCCGCUGCCAUAAUUCCUCUCUGAGAGCCGGAGCUGGCAGGGGAUUGUGCCGCUGGCUUUCGGCAUUGCUCUGGGUUUGUGUGUGGUUCCUCUCGCCCUCUCCUCCUUCCUGGCCAUCCCUCUGCGCUCUCUUACCAGCCUGUGCUGUGGGACUGUCAUGGCAUUUAGUUCAGAGUUGAGGGGCUUUGGCCUGAAAUAAAAUUCAACUAUUUAAGACUGUUGUUGCAAUUUGUGUCUAACAAGCUGUAGCAGAGAAGGAGGGAAUGAAGGCUGGCACUAGUUACUUUCAUAAAUCAUGAAUUUAUCAGCGUGGAAAUAAUGGUUCAGAGCUGUGCACUGCAGCUCCUGCAUUGUGAGUGCAGCUCCAGUUCACUCCUGGAGGGAGGACCGUCUUCCAGAGAGCCGGGAUCCAGCUCUUCUCGCAGGUAUGGGCAUGAACCUUGUUAGGUAUAAUUUACCUGAUGCUGCUUCCAUCCUCGAAGCCUGUCUGAGGUGCCAGGUGCUGCAAGAGAAAUAAAGUUUGUCAACAGGCAGAUGCAAAGCCCUG